UAAUUGAAUUUAAUUUUAGUAUUUUAAACGAAAACUGCGCGACGUUCCUAUUUUACCGCUAUGACGUACUCUUGCAAUCCGGUUUCCGUUGUUGCAAGCAGACCGCGUUCUAUGCUGACACUGUGACCCCCAAAAUGUACUCUUCUUUAUAUCGUACUACUCGAACUAUAAAAGUACGAUAAUUUGGAAACUUAUAAAGAAAAUGUUUUGGCUUUUUAUGAAAUAAUUAAUGAGAUCAAGUUUUUCUAAACAAAAUCUUCAAGUUGGAUUUCUUGAAGACAUAAACUACGCUAUAUUUUGGAUAUCACAACUUUUACAUUCUUCUACCUUUCACCGAAAUGUAUUCUGCUGUCCGUACAUACGACUACGAUUAUCCUGAAUCUGAAAUGGAUGAUCGUGAGAGUCUCUAUUUUGAUACUAUAUCAUUGGCGGAUUCGGAGGCAGCAGCAGCUGCAGCUGCACAUCGUAAAUCACUAUCACAAUCGCGUAACACAAUCUAUCAUUCUGCUGUGGAUUUAAUAAGUGAAGAUACUCCUUCGAAACGGGGUAGCUUACGUUUGGAAAAUGGUAGAGGUACCACUGCCAGAUCAACAUGGAGUAGUCCAAAUUAUCGUCAUUCAUCUGCAUUAGAACAUUACAAUAAUGGUUUCGGUAAUAGUACUGCUGCAGCUGCUGGCGAUUAUACUGAUGCUGCUAUUGCUGCACAAAUUUUGGCAUUACAAAAUGGACGCGGUGUGAUUGGUAGUACACCACACAUGGCUACCGAUGAGGUCUCUAGACGUCUAAUACAAAAUAGCACAAAUACUAGUAAAGAUAAGAAAUUGCCAAUUACGUACUCCCAGUGGAAAUUUAGGGUAAAAUUACUGAGAGUUUAA